AUAGCAAUUAUUCUAUUUAUAAUUUCACUAUUUACACCCAAUUGGACAAUAAUAGAUUUUACAAAUACUGAUCAUGAAGAAAUACAUGUGCAAUUAGGUGUUUGGGGUGAAUGGCGAACAAAAACAAAUGGUACAAAACAAGAUGUGGAAUGGAUACCGCAUUUUCCGACACCUCCGAAACAUGUUCUUCGACUUGCCGAUGCUGAUCUUCAACAUUUUUAUUUGGCACAAAUGGUAUUUGGUAUUAUAUCAUUAAUGCUAAUGUUUUCCACAAAUGCACUUGCUAUUUAUACAUUUUAUCAUCAUCGUUAUAUUUAUAAACGUUUGGUUGCAUGCCUUCAUGGUGUUAUCGCUAUGUGUAUCGUUGUUACAAUAGAAAUAUUGACAAACAGUGUUAGUGAAUGGAAUCGUUCCGUUGCGGAACAAGCUAAGAAUAUAGAGUGGGAUUAUUCAGUGGGUCAGACGACAGGUUUACCUGCAUAUUUAGCUUGGACAUGUGUGCUUAUUCACGUAUUCGCCGCUGUGGCAUUUGCGCUUGGAUCACAUAAGCAUAAGGGUUCACGAGCAGCAACUGCCGAAUUCGAGAUUGAAGAUCGACCGGUUUACAUCGGACGGUGA